AUGUCGAAGACAUCGGGUCGCACGAGCUCCCCAUUUAAUGGGGAUGCUCAAAGUCCACCUUCUGGUGGCACUCGGGGUCCCCAGCGGACUCCCCUCAUGGGUUCGGACGCCCUCCAGAUUGGCGAGCUGUCCGAACCAGCUGCCGGACUUAACAGUCCCCUAACCACCACUGGUGGUCCGGCAGCGGCUGCUGCUGAGGCUGAGGCUGAACUCCUCCUAAGCAGCAAAGAGCCGCCGUCCUUGUGCGAGGGUGCACCCUCCAGCGAAUUCAGUGCAGGGGAAGCUGAAGUCGCAGGUAGGGGGCCGGAGGGUGCACCUCGCCACCCAUCGCCAGAGGAAGAGCUGACUCUGGCCUACGACUCAGAGGAUCUUGAGCGCCAGCUCGACGAGUUUUUUGACUCGCCUGAGCCUGAGGCUCAAACCUCCGGGUCCGGUCCAGAGGAGGCCCUGAUGGGAUGGGCCGAAAAGGAGGACGAUGCUCUCCGGGCAUCUGUUGCAGGCCCAGAUGCAGCCCCUGUGACGGUGGGCGGGGGUGAUUUCGACACAUCUGGGUCAACCCUCGUCGGUGACGAUGAGGGCACGGGGAAUACCGCCUGUUCUGUUGAAGACGGGUAUUCGGUGUCGGUCUUUCCUAACGGGACCAUUGCGUACACACCCGUGGUGAGGUCAGAGUCGGGCGCCGUUAGGCCCGACGAUGAUUUGAAAGGUCCUCCGGGAACUGCCUCGCGCGUCAGAAAGCGCUCUCGUAAGGAGAGGCAAGAGGAGGAAAAAGAUGAGUCGGAGGUGGAGGUCAUUGAGGUCGCUCCGAAGCGACAACGUGUGCAGGCACCUCCGCUGAUGCCGAAGGAUAAGUUCUGCCUUGUUUUCCCCCAGCCGGCAGGGUUUCCCUGGGGGGAGUAUUUUGGGGUGAAGAUCGAGAGCCCCGAGUUCUUCCGGGAACAUUUACCGGUGGACUCUGUCGAGGAGGCGGAGAAGGUGGUCAAGUGGUGGCGGCAAGAAUGGGAAGACAAGGCCUCCAACUUGACCUAUCUUAUGGGGUUAUCGUGGAAAACGGACCCUGCCGGUAGUGCUAAGAGGCUUAUCCGGUACGCACAGCCGCUGUGCGACCGGAUGCACGAGGAGUUGGGUUCAGAGUACUAUGACCGUCUCUUGAACUCGGAAAAGAAGAAGUUCUACGGUCAUAUGUAUUUUCGGAUGUGCAAGGAUGUGCACACCAUGGUGGAGGCAAAGUGGCGCCGGGAGGAGGAGGCCGCCAUCAAAUCCAAGGCACCUGCUGCCGCUUCUGUUACCCAGUCGCGAAAGCGGAAGAGCUCUGGUGAUGAUGGUGAGGAGGACGCACCUGCGGCUUCUGAAAAGAAGAAGCAGAAGAAAGCAAAGGCACCAGCGGAGAGAUUGGGCGUUGAUGGGAAGAUCGUUCAUCAACGAGGCAUAAUGCGGGGAGCUGGCAAGCUUGAGUUCGGAACCGAAGAACGACGCGAUGCAAUGGAAGCAUUGCAGAAGCGUCUCUUCGACGAAGCUGCUGGUCACUGA